AUGGUUUUGUAUGGGCGUUUCAGGGACUCUCUCCUUAUUGUAGAUGAUUUGUCGUACUCACUCCUUAUUUGGUGGUUGAUCGAAACGUUCCCAUGGAUUCAGAAUAAAUGGGCCGUCAGACUGUCCGACGCAGACAUUCCAAGAUGCAGAAAAUGGCUAUCCAAAAAAAGGCCACAGAUAAAAAAUUACGACGACUGUCUUAGAAAAGAAGCACGAGGAUCGAGUCCGACUCUUGAACCCACUGAUGAUGAGAGGGAAACGAAUUUUUGGAGAUCUUUUAACCCUCAACGCUCGGUUGGGGUCGACGUCUAUAAAUUUGGGGGCGGAGGGGGUGAAAAUGAGGAAGAGAAUGACGGGGAUGAAGACGAGGGCGGGGAUGAGGACAAGGUGGGUAUGAUACAUUUAGAUGAUGAGGGAAAGGAAAAGAAUGGGGAGGAGAAGGAUAAGGAGGAGACAAGAUUCCCUGAUAGUUCGCACCACGGACAAUACGAGACAGGGGAGGGAAAGGAGAAGAAGGAUAAUGAGGAAGCAAGGUUCCCUGACAGUUCACAUCACAGACAAUACGAGGCAGGGAUCACCGAGAUGCUGAAACAGACUCUAGAUAUGUUGCGGAGAAUAGAUGGGAAAAUGGGUCAGGUGAGGACACAAUUGUUGAGACUAGAGAGGGCGCAGGAAUCAUUAGAGAGGGGGCAGGCAGCACUAUGUGCUCAUCUACGCAUCCCACAUAUUUCCCUAGAUCGCAACGAUCAUGCUCAUGAGCAGUCCCAGGGUGGUGAUCAAGUAGAUCUUGAUCAUCACGAUGAGGAGCAGGCAUCUACAUCUAGAUUAGGUUUUGUUCAGCUACAGGAGGAGGAAGUGAUUAGGGUCGACAGACGACCUAUGCGAGAUAGAUUGCCACCGCAAUUUCGUCGGCCACCCUUCACCGAUCCAACAAAAUAUAAAAGGAGAAAAAAGGAUGCCGCUUUGGAGGGGUCGGACGUGGACUCGACGCCACCGGUACUAGAACUAAUCCCGCCGGACAUAGAGAUAGUGCCCCCUGAGGGCUAUAUUGAGUUCAUAGGUUCCAAUGAAAAUAUUAGUCUUCACACUGGUUUCAUUCUCAACCUAACACCGGAUGACCUCCGAAACAUAGAGAAUGAGGCCAACUGA